CAGUUGAGCGUGGGAGAUUCCCGAGUUUGGUUCGAUUUCGUGCGCGGUUCGGUGCCAGUCAAACGACUCGCUUUGCAAUCAUGGACGCCGCUAAGAGCAGUCAAUUAAGUGAUGGAAUCGACGCUCCCGUGUGGAUGUUCUGGAAGCGGCGUCGGUACAUUGUGGUGUUGAUGGCAUUUCUAGGCUUUCUGAAUCUCUACACAAUGCGAGUGAACUUGAGUGUGGCCAUUGUAGCCAUGACGGAAAAUCGAACUGUGCUGCAGGAUGACGGAAGCGUGGUACAUGAACAAUAUUUCGAUUGGAGUUCAAGUGAACAGGGAUACGUGUUGAGCUCGUUUUUCUAUGGAUACAUGAUAACUCAGAUUCCAGGAGGGUAUCUCUCCAACAGGCUAGGCGGUAAUAACGUGUAUGGAGCGGGAAUAGGAUUGACAGCCAUUCUAACCCUACUGACACCAUUGGCAGCUCACGGAGGCGUCGGGUGGUUGAUCGGCGUUCGGGUUUUGGAAGGAAUGUUCCAGGGUGUUGCCUUUCCUUGUAUGCACGCCGUUUGGGCUAAAUGGGCUCCACCGAAUGAACGAUCACGCAUGGUAAUGUUUUCGUUUGCUGGUGUAUUUGUUGGUACGAUUCUCGCAAUGCCAGUAAGUGGCAUUCUUGCCGAAUCUUGGACUUGGGAAAGCGUAUUCUACGUCUUUGGUGGCGUUGGGAUUAUUUGGUGUAUCGCGUGGUUUCUUAUCGUGAAGCGUUCUCCAGAGCGAGAUCGUUUUAUCACACUCUCUGAGAAGGAAUUUAUUCUGAAGAGUCUUGGACAAGUUGAAGGAGAAACAGAAAAGAUCCAACAUCCUUGGAAAGCUAUCUUUACGUCUAAGGCUGUAAUUGCGACAGCCGUCGCAAAUUUCUGCGAAAACUAUGGUUUCUAUUUCCUACUCACGCAGCUUCCAACGUUUUUAAAAGACACCAUGCACUUCGAAGUCCAUACGACCGGCUUCGUAGCUGCGCUUCCAUAUAUGGCGAUGGGACUCAGCCUAAGUAUCGCAGGAUACCUGGCAGAUUGGUUCCAAAUCAAGGGAAUUUUGACUACUACACAAGUUCGACGAAAUUUCAACUGUGCUGCCUUUGUAGUUCAAACUAUCUUCAUGAUUUUGGGAGUACUCAUACUGGAACCGAUCCCUACCAUCAGUUGCAUUACAGUAGCAGUGGCGAUGGGAGCAUUCGCGUGGUGCGGCUACGCUGUCAACCAUCUGGACCUAUCCCCUAAAAGUGCCGGGGUGCUGAUGGGAAUUUCGAAUUCGAUAGGCACCAUAGCGGGAAUCGUUUCGCCAAUCGUUACCGGUUACAUAACGGUCAACAAAACCGAUGACCAGUGGAGGUUGGUGUUCUACAUUGCCGCCGGAAUCUACAUGAUUGGAUUCGUGGUGUACUGGUUUUGGGCCUCCGGGGAACUGCAACCAUGGUCCAUUGAAAUGCAGAUAAUUGCUGAGAAGAAAAGGAAUGCUAAUCAAAUGAGCUUUGAUAAUAAACUUGAAAUCGAUGAAUAGAACCCAAGAGCAUACCUGGUACAACGUCGAUACACCAUAGCUUUUGCUUACUGUUGUGUUAUCGAUGAAGACUACCACGCGAACCAAUAUACAGAUGGCGCUAGUGUAACAAUGUAUUUUAAUUUAAACAGUUGAGAC